AUGGGGAGAAUUGGCAGGCUUCCGCGCUUGGCCUUCACUUGCAGCCUUGCGAUUAUACUUGCCUGCGUCUCAAAGAAUGCCUUUUCGGUCCUUGCUCCGAGAACUACACCUUGUGCUUGGGAACGGGAUAGCUCCGAUCGAAAGCAAGCGAGCAAAAGCACUUUGGCAAGUGGCGUCGGCGUCGCAGUCUUCGGCCUCAGCGCAGUCGCCAGUGGCGUCUUCAUCCCAAAGAGCCGAGCCUUCUUGCGCGCUUCAGACAGCGUUGAGCUCUUCUCCCCUGCGAAGGUGAACCUGUUUUUGCGAAUCAUCAGGCGACGACCAGACGGGUAUCAUGAUCUGGCAUCACUUUUCCACACGGUGGCAUUUGGGGACAAGCUGGUGCUGGAGGCGCUGCCAGACAGUGCAGAGCAGGAUCGGCUGGAGUGCAACCUGCCGGGAGUGCCAGUAGAUGAUUCCAACCUGGUCAUCCGCGCCCUCAAGCUAUUCCGAGAGAAGAGUGGCAUUCGUCGAUUCUUCGGUGUCACGCUCGAGAAGGAGAUACCAGCACAGGCUGGCAUGGGAGGUGGAAGCAGCAAUGCGGCCACGGCAUUUUUCGGUGCCAACCAGUUGUGCGGCUACCCGGCCACUCCAGAGGAUCUGAUCAGCUGGGGCGACGACCCGGUGAUUGGAUCUGAUGCCACCUUCUUCCUUUCAGAAGGCACUGCAUACUGCACUGGAAGAGGUGAGAUUGUGACGCCGAUCGACGGUCUUCCCAUCAAGGAUGGCCUUAGCGUCUACUUGGUCAAGCCGAAUUACGGCCUGUCCACUGGCAAGGUGUUUCAGGUCAUGGACCUUUCAGCGUUGAGUACAACAGACCCUGAGGAGCUUCUGCAGACCUUCAAAGAUAAGGGCACUUCGCACAGCUCCUGGGUGAACGAUUUGGAGAAGCCAGCCUUCAAGGUCUCCCCAGAACUUCGUGACCUUAAAAAGUACUUGGCCGAAGAGUGGGACUUCGAGGCGGUUCUGAUGUCUGGAUCUGGGAGCACCAUCUUCUGCCUGGGCGACCCGAAGGGAGGUGCCAAAGCCUUCGAGGCAGCAACAAAGAAUCAGUUCGACAUUGAAGGCAUCUGGCAGACAGAGUUUAUGCGUCGCCCCAGCCCAACGGACUGGUACACGAAGGUGUAG